AUGAAUCGUCUCCCUGAGUCGUACUACACGGACUUUCUAUCAGAUAAUGCCAAACAGCGCAAACCGAGCCCAAUUCGUGGACUCUUUCCCCUCGAGAAAACACCGGGCUUGAUCUCGCUGUUGGCUGGAAAGCCUAAUGCGGAGACCUUCCCGUUCUCGUCCCUGAGCUUCACAGCACGAUCCCCGACGAACCCUACCGAGGAAGUCGCGCUGAAGGUCGAAGAUGAGGACUUGAAGCAAGGUUUACAGUACGGUGAUACUGCCGGGAUGAAGAAGCUGCUAGACUGGCUGUUUGGCUUGCAGGAGAUCCACCAUGGCAGGAAGCGGGAUGAGGGUUGGAGGAUAUCGGUUGGAUCUGGUUCACAGGACCUUAUCUACAAGGCUGUACAAGCCAUGGUGAACCCAGGGGACCCCAUCCUCGUCGAAUCACCUGUCUACGCGGGGGUGAUUCCGAUGUUCCAUGGCCUCCACUGCGAACAAGUCGACGACCCCUACUUCUACUUGUACUACGGCAAGGCCCCAAGAUACCCCUCGUACUUCUCCCUCGAACGAGAAGAACCCGAGGUCGGACGAGUUCUGCGCUUUGAUAGUUUAUCAAAGAUUCUAUCCGCUGGUGUUCGAAUCGGUUUCGCGUCUGGACCAGAGAAGCUCCUCCAAGCCAUUGACGCUCAUACCGCGACCUCGAACCUCCAAACCUCCUCGCUCACACAAACCAUCAUCUAUACCCUUUUGAAUUCGUGGGGUUACGAUGGAUUCAAAACGCAUACUGAGCGCGUCGCGGACUUUUAUCGCCAGAAACGCGAUGUCUUCGAAAACGCGAUGAAGAAGCAUCUCGCUGGCCUCGCGGAUUGGUCGACGCCUGAAGCGGGAAUGUUCUUCUGGUUCAAACUGAUCCUUAACGAAGCAGGAAACGGUCAAGAAGACGAUUCAGCCGCAGUGAUUAGAACCACUGCGUUCAACCGGGGUGUAUUAGCGCUCCCUGGCGAGUCUUUCCUUCCUAAUGGGCAGAAGACCGCAUAUGUGAGGGCCUCAUUUAGUCUUACUCCACCUGAGGAUGUAGAGAAGGCUGUUCAGAGGCUGAGGGAUGCGAUUUUGGAUGCGAGGAGGGAGUUGAAAGAGAAAGGAGCGUCCUCUACGGCCUAG